GAAGUGCCUUUUUCCUGACAGGAAGUAAACACCCGAGUGUGUAAUGCUGAUAUUGUUUAAUUACUCAGACAGAACAGAUCUGAGUCUCACAGUAACGACUAACACACACAGUUUCUCCUUGUGUCAUGUCACUGGUAUGAGGGAAAAGUGGUAUCACAUGCAGGUAUGAUCAAAAGAUAUUACAUCACACACACAUACACACACACACAUACACACACACAUACGCACACAUACACACACACACACACACAUACUCACACACACACACAUACACAUACACACACAUACUCACACACACAUACUCACACACACAAAUACACACACAUAUACACACACACAUUCACACACACACACCCAAACCCGCACGUACACAAACACACAUACUCACAUUUACACACCCACACAUAUACACACUCACUCACACACACACUCACAGAAUCUCCAAGCUACAGAUGUGUCCUGAGGAAAUGACCCUGAUCUCGUGUACAAAAGGAAACAAAGAAGAGUUUAUACUUCAGUUCAAAAGUUUGUACCCUGUUUUCUUGUUUGUGGAUGAAAAAAGGUCAACAAUUUUAGAUCUUCAAAAAGAUUUAUCAACAUAUCAACAUGUGAAGAUAUUUUUCACCGCCUGCAGAUGUGAUUUACUCGAGUUAUCUGAAGGCACAUUCUUCAUUACAGUGUCUAAUGAGUCAACAUCCACAUGCAAGUCUUUUAAGAUUAAACUCCUGAGCUGUUCAAACACUGAGCCCCAGAGACAAGACACAACUCCAAGUGCAGUGACGGAGACAUGAGACAUGGAUAGUGAGGACGAGAAUGAGCAUGAGAUGUCUUUUGAAAAACGUGAGGAGAGUCAGGAGAAGGAGAAUGAAGCAGAGGAUGAGACAAGAGAGAAGGAUGAUGAGGAAGAUGAGGAGGAAGAGGAGGAGAGAGUAGACACAAUGGGACAGAUGGAGAAAAUGGAGGAUUGGAACGGGUUUCUUUUAGAGAGGACCAGAGGUGACGAGGUGGUGGUGGACUGGAAGCCUGGUGACCCUGUGACACCUCAAUACGUCCUCACGCUUGCGGGAUACACACAGGAUUAUCUGUGCUCUCCAGAGGACAACAUCUACAACAUCCGCUUCUCCCGCUUCAAAAUCCGAGACCUGGAGAGAGGAUCCGUCAUCCUGGAUCUGAAACGACACUGUCCAACAGAAAUUAAAGAUGUAAGAGAAACAGAAGCAGGACGUUUUAUUCAGUAUCAUUUUACACCUUCAUUUCUGAAUCUGAGAGAAAUCGGAGCCACGCUUGAGUUUACAGUGGGCAGUAAAGCAGUGAACAGGUUCCGGCUCAUUGAGAGACACUAUUUCAGAGAGCUGCUGCUGAAGACCUUUGACUUUGAGAUUGGUUUCUGCAUCCCGUACAGCAGGAACACCUGCGAGCACAUCUACAGCCUCCCAGACCUGGACACACACACCAUUGAAGAGAUGAUCGCUCAUCCGUUCGAGACACGCUCGGACAGUUUCUACUUCACUAACAAUAAGCUGAUUAUGCACCACAAAGCUGAGUACUCCUUCUGCCACUGAUCAACUACCUGCUGAAAAAAUCCUUCUAUUCUUCCUGUCUGUCAUGGAAAUGAACGUUCCCAUACCAUAAGGCUGUACUGAAGUUCUUUCAUGUGUCACUGAAAAGUGUUGCCUAGUUAAAAAGUCUAGUGUAUUGAUGAGUGUUUUAGAGUUUCUUCAGAAAGUAUGAACACAGAAUCAUCACAGAAGUCCUUUAGGUUUACUGAAAAACUAUUAAAAUAGAAAUAUAUUAUUAUAA